GCGGGGCUCUGCGGCUGGCUGCUGCCUUCUCCUCCUGCUCCUCCGCACCUCCCUCCUCUGGCUCCUCCUCUGCCGAUAUAAACCCGGACGCUCCUUUUCCUUCUCACUUCUGCCUUCUUCCUGAAUCCUCAACGUCAGUCGAAGGGCAAGCCAAGCAUACAAAAUGCGUGAGUGUAUUUCUAUGCAUGUUGGCCAAGCCGGCGUCCAGAUGGGCAACGCCUGCUGGGAGCUGUACUGCCUGGAGCACGGCAUCCAGCCCGAUGGACAGAUGCCCAGCGAUAAGACCCUUGGAGGGGGCGACGACUCCUUCAACACCUUCUUCAGCGAGACCGGCGCCGGGAAGCAUGUCCCCAGGGCCAUCUUCGUGGACCUGGAGCCCACCGUGAUUGAUGAGGUGCGCACAGGAACCUACCGCCAGCUCUUCCACCCCGAGCAGCUGAUCACUGGAAAGGAGGAUGCAGCGAACAACUACGCCCGUGGCCACUACACCAUCGGCAAGGAGAUCAUUGACCUGGUGCUGGACAGGACUCGCAAACUGGCCGAUCAGUGCACUGGCCUCCAGGGCUUCCUGAUCUUCCACUCCUUCGGUGGAGGCACCGGCUCUGGUUUCACCUCCCUGCUGAUGGAGCGUCUUUCUGUCGAUUAUGGCAAGAAAUCCAAACUUGAAUUUGCUGUGUACCCAGCGCCCCAGGUGUCCACAGCUGUAGUGGAGCCCUACAACUCCAUCCUGACCACCCACACCACCCUGGAACACUCGGACUGUGCCUUCAUGGUGGACAAUGAAGCCAUCUACGAUAUCUGCCGCAGGAACCUCGACAUCGAACGUCCAUCCUACACCAACCUCAACAGGCUCAUUGGUCAGAUCGUGUCCUCAAUCACCGCCUCACUUCGCUUCGAUGGUGCCCUGAACGUCGACCUGACAGAGUUCCAGACCAACUUGGUGCCCUACCCUCGUAUCCACUUCCCAUUGGCCACCUAUGCUCCAGUCAUCUCAGCAGAAAAGGCCUACCAUGAGCAGCUGUCCGUUGCAGACAUCACCAACGCCUGCUUUGAGCCAGCCAACCAGAUGGUGAAAUGUGAUCCUCGCCAUGGUAAAUACAUGGCCUGCUGUCUGCUGUACCGAGGUGACGUGGUCCCUAAAGACGUCAACUCCGCCAUCGCUGCCAUCAAGACCAAGAGAACCAUCCAGUUUGUGGACUGGUGUCCCACAGGCUUCAAGGUUGGCAUCAACUACCAACCACCAACUGUGGUUCCAGGAGGAGAUCUGGCCAAGGUCCAGAGGGCCGUGUGCAUGCUGAGCAACACCACUGCCAUUGCUGAAGCCUGGGCUCGUCUCGACCACAAGUUUGACCUGAUGUACGCCAAGAGGGCCUUUGUCCACUGGUAUGUUGGGGAGGGCAUGGAGGAAGGAGAGUUCUCAGAGGCCAGAGAAGACAUGGCCGCUCUGGAGAAGGAUUAUGAAGAGGUUGGCACUGACAGCAUGGGAGAAGAAGAUGAAGAAGGAGAAGAGUAUUAAAGGGCUAACAAUGAUUUCUGUGCUCUGCCAUCAUACAUUCCAAGUUACAAUGAUGGUAACAUAUUUCUUGUUACCCUAGUAAACCACAUCAUAAUAACCUGUGGAUCUCAGCCAACAGUAUUAUGAAUAAAACAAUCGAAAGUGUCACUCCAA